CGUUUGCAUUUGACAUUUGCGCACGAUGGUUGAGCGACUGUGAUUUUGCAGAAAAUAUUACGGUUUAUUUCGUUCGAUUGAUAAAAGUUGAUUUUUUUGUAGCAAUGCUCGAAUAAAUUCCAUUUAUAAUUAUGAACUUUUCGAAUUAUUAAGUAAGUGAGUUAUUAUUUCCAUCGUGUUUCAGUUGUUCGGAGUCUGUAAAACGGAAUAUAACAUCAGUUUAGAAUAUUCAAUUUGUUUCUUCCACUUUUGAACAUUGAACGACACCAUGGAAGAAUACGAAGCAUACAUCGAUCAACUGCCCGAAAAACUUUUAAAAACUCUCGAAGAAGCUGAUGGGCAUCCGGCAUCUGAAGAGGAGCUUCGUGAAAUUUAUGAAGCACACAAAGAGCUCAAGCGAAAUGUUGAAAAACUCAAGCAAGAAAUGAAUGAUAAAGUGGAAAAGAUGCAAGUCAUAAGUGACAAAUUAAAAACGGAUGAAGAUGCGAAUGCAUUAGAUCUGGUGACCAAACUGAUGCAAUCAUGUGGAAUACCGUGUGAUGAAGGAAUCAAUGAACUAUUGGCAAACGAUAGCCACUCAUCCAUCAUCGGCAACGAGAUAAAUGAACUGAAGGAAUCAUCUAAAACUGAAAAAUCUAUUGCAGCUGCGGAAUCCAUUGAAAACGAUGAGACAGAAGAAUGCACAGAUUGGGAGGAUGGUGCUUAUGGUAUAGACUUUAAGCAGAUAGAAAAACUUAGAGAAAUCCAUAUAUCUCCUGAAGCCAACCGUUUCAAACUCACAACACGUAGCCUACCACGUAGCUAUGAUUUAGAAGACACGAGCUCUUUCAAUGUUCAUAAAUGAAGAGAAAAAAACCAUUAGCUGUGUAUCAGAUUUAAAGAUGAAAAUUCUGUGUGGCCAAAACUUGAAAAAGUACCAAUUUCUUAUGAAAGACAUCAAUUAAAAUUAUAUUAAGAGUACCAAAAA